AUGAAACUAAAAAGCGUUUCCGCGGAAAAUUUAGCAAAUAUCGUGAAGCAAAUGAUCAACACGGCGCUCGAGGACUCCGAUCAAAUAGCGAAGUUACAUCAAGCGAUCUACGAAGAAUGGUACUUCAUGAGAAUGAUGGAGUUAGACGCGAGAGGUAAAACGGAAAGUGAAGAUGUUCCGAGGAUCAGUCAGGUUGUGAAAAAAUCAUGCACAAAAGUGAAGUCAAGGAAUAAGAAUGCUAUACAGGAGAUGUCAUCGUGUUCCUCGAGCAAUUUAACAAGAAAUGUGUUGAGCAGAAGCAAAUCGAUGGACGCUUUGCACAAUAUGAAAUACUCGCCGAGGCAGGAUUUGAAUAACAUGAAAAUAAAUAAUCGCGAUAAACAAUUAGUGAAGCAAACGAGAAGAUUGUCCUUCGAGUCUUGGAAGAAGGAGAAGAACUUAAAGUACAGAAAGCUGCUGAGAGAAGCAGAAGAGAAGAAGCAACGGGAGUUGCGGGAAAAAGUGAAGGACAUCGAAUAUAAGAAAGCUUCUCAGGACGCAUGCGCUCAGAUGAUAAGAGAGAAAGAGGCCCAACAAAGGGAGCUAUCGGCCAGGCUGCAAGCGAUUCGACAAACAAACAUGGAGAUUCUGCAGAAACAUAUCGACGAGAGACGCGUUAUCAAUGCUCGAGCGUUCGACGACUGGAAAAGGCAGAAGAAUAUAAAGCUGAGAGAGGCGAAGCUAAUGACAAUGGAAAAUCCGCUUGAAGUGAAGAAAUCGGCGAGACCGAUCGUUCCCAGCUCUCAAUUCGGCUCGUGGCUGAAUCAGCUGAACAGCGUCUUGCACCAAAAGUAUUUACGGGAACGUCGCCAUUUGGUGCGAUCGUUCUACUGCCAGCCUACGUAUUACGGUGCCGCGGCCACGUGCCGCAUGUAA